AUGCCUCGGCAUGGUGCUCGAAUCUGCUUGGGGCGGACCUUAGCCGACUACGAAGGAAAGUUGGCGAUGGUCAAGGUGCUGCAGAAAUUUGUCCUUGAGGAGUGGACGAAGCCGCGGAUGGAAGAGAUAACCACUUUCGUCACCGUUCCUGCAACCGAUGUCGUCAUCCGUCUGCGGCGCCGCGGAGUCGAGACCCAAAAAAUCUGCGGAGACCGAAUGGCAGCCCCAUUCUCGCACCCGCACCCAGAGAGCCCAAUACCUUAA